UCUCGCGUAGAUCACUUCCAGUGGCAGUUGACUGUUCGGUGACCGUUGUUUUGUUUCGGACAGUGGGAUGGUGCUGGGUGAAGAGGCUGGACUGGGUUCUUUUCUGUUUGCGCGCUUGUGCAAUAGCACACGGACGUUUCUGAAACUUGUGAAAGUCCUCAGACAAAAUACGGCAGUACAGUACUCGUAGUCAUCAGAUUCGCCCGCACUUGUGGCCCAGAGAGAGAGAGAGAGAGAGAGAGAGAGACGUACAACUACUGUGCAAGGUGGUCCAGGACUCGAGAACUGACUGAAAUAGUUGUCACUGUCAAUACUACAAUAGUGGCUGGGUGCACAGUAACACGACUGGUACAUGAUGAGCUCCGCUAAAGAGACAGUGCGAGUGGGAUUCAUAGGUGGCGGAGCAGUGAACUUCGGAGGUGCGGAGGGUCCUUGGGAUCAUGCUAGCCGACUGGAGAACAUCCCAGGAUUGAGGGUGGUGGCCAUUGCUGACAAACUGCCAGGCAGGGCACAGUUCGUAUUGGAUAUUAGGAAGAGCGGAGAGAAUGCUAGCGUCUAUAGAGAGUGCACAGCGUAUGAAGACUACAAGUUGAUGCUGAAGCAGGAGAAAUUGGAUGCUGUUUUCAUCGGCGUCCCACCAUUCGCCCAUGGCCAUUUCGACAGCCCAAUCGAGCUGGACUGCGUACGAGCCGGUGUGCACUGUUUCGUAGAGAAGCCGCUAUCCGUGAAACCAGUAGCAGAGGUAGAUGCAUACAUGCAAGCUGUACUGGAGGAGCAGAAGCGACAGAACUUGGUGGUGUCCGUAGGGUACAUGUUCAGAUACCACCCAGCCAUCAGGCGAAUGAAACAGCUACUGGCCGAUCACGAGAGCAGCACAAGCGCACGCCUGACCUACCUGCAAUUGACCUACAAUUGUGCAUAUUCACAGCUCGACCAUCCGUUCUGGUGGCGAAAGGAAUUAUCGGGCGGGCCCAUAGUGGAACAGGCGACGCAUUUCUGUGACAUAGCACGUUACAUCGGUGGUGACGUGCUUGAGAGCAGUAUAGAGGCAUUGUGCACAGGCGACACUCAUCCAUCCGGCGCAGGAAAGCUCAGUGCCGUACCGGAUGCUGUACGAGAAGGAGAUAUCGCUAGCGAGAACCGCAUCCCGCGGCUGACCGUGGCACACUGGAGACACAGCAAUGGUGCCAUUGGGCAGCUGUCGCACGGCGUGGCGCUGCACCACAAGCGCUACGAGGCGCGCAUUGAGGUCUGGGCAGACGGCCUGAGGGUCACCGUGGAGGACUGCUACACUCCCAACUGCCGCCUAUCAUUCCGGCAAGGUGAUACGGAUGUGGAGACGGUGGAGACGUACCCAAGUGCUGAUCCGUACCAGGAAGAAGAUGACGUAUUUAUCGAUGCCAUUCGCACUGGGAGCUCGAAGAGUGUCCAGAGUCCGUACGAAGAUGCCCUGCGAACGUACGCUCUGUCUUGGGCAGUGCGCCAGGCCUCUGAGUCAUCGGCUAAUCAAGCGUGAGAGUGGUCGAGCAGCUUGCAGGAUAGAAGUGGCAUACUAUGACGAGAUACGAAGAGACACCUCAAGUUCCAUACUAGUAGCAAUGUAUGGUGCGUGGAAAGUACAGUAUUGGUGGUGGCUCAUUUGGUGUAGUUUGGGGCUGAGAUGUACUUACACGCACUUACCAGGGCAUAUCCUAGUAUGCCGGGCCGUUUUUGAAAGAGCACUGCCAGUGAACAUACCAGUAAAUAACUGUUCGGUGUUGUCCUAUCAUGAACCUAGCUCCAUGCUGCCAGUUCGAACGUUGAAGUAUCUCAAUCAGAUGAUCUGAAACAGCGUAUCAGUAUUUGCAAAUGAACUACUUAGGACACUGGGGCACUUGUGAAAUGUAUUUUAUUUUAGAAUAUUUUCUCAGAUUCUAGGGAAUAUCUUUUUUGGAAUUUUUUUAAAGAAUUUAUUGGAAGAAGUUGGGAAGCAAUGCACGACAAUGAUGAUUUGGUGAAUAACACCAUGCUUAGAUUACAGUACUGUUGAUGCAGAUGUGCCAAGUUGCCAACUCCACCUGCGGCAAGCUUGAACGAGCAAGAUGAUGAUUG